AUGGUCGUGCUCCAAGUCAAGCGCAGCGAGAAGGACACCUUCCUCUACGAGACGGUCUGCUCCGCGGAGGUCGACGUCGUGUUGCGCGACCUCAUCGCAAUCCACAACCUCCGUCAGCGGGUGCUCCGGCUGGCUGAGGCCGCCUCGGCGCUCGCAGCGCACGGGCCGUCAAAGCCGCCAGAGCAGCAGGGCCUCGACGACUCGACGCCGUUGCUCGAGGACUACGACGUGGCCAGCGGCGCCACCGCACCGCGUCCACCACCAGCGCGCAACGAGCACUACUGUCCAGACCCGACGGAGCGGCGGACGGGCAACGCGCCGCCGCCAGAGAUUGCGCAGGUGCUGACGCGAACAGUUGAUGACGCGCAGGCGCUGCUGUCGGAGCGGCAGGUGGCGAUGAAGGUGCCGGCGACGGCAGCGGCGCUCGAGGAGGCGGUGCAAAACAUCAAGGGAGCUGUGAUGAUCGCGUGGCCGAUGGGGCUCCCCGACUACGACCCGGUGCGGCAGAUCCUCGAGGACCGCGACGCGCUCGAGGGCGCCGCCCAGCUGCAGCACCUCGACGCCGACGCCACCUGCCUGUGGUGCUGCAGCAAGGAGAUGCAACGCGAGAAGCUGCUCUCCGACUACGUCGGCCGGAACGAGAAGACGAAGGUGGUGGCCAAGCUGCAGAAGAAGGGGGCGGGCGCGCCGCAGCGCGAGCCCGCCGUCUCGGAGGCGGAGCAGCAGGCGAUGAUCGCGUUUUACCACAAGAAGCAGCAAGAGGCGGAGCGGCUCGCCGCCGAGGACGAGGACGCGUACCUCCACUCGUCGUGGGCGGACCCAAAGGCGCUCAAGUCGGCCUUCACGGGCAUCGGCAACAUCAGCUGGCGCGCGGGUGGACCACGCUAA